AGAACUUUGUAGCCAAGUUGGCCAAUGGAAUGAGCCUGUCGACUGCAGUGGAAGAUGUUUCCUGUACCCAACCAGAGAGCAGCGUCAAACCAUCAGCAGAAGAGAUGACUUCCAAGGACUACUACUUUGAUUCCUAUGCGCACUUUGGUAUCCAUGAGGAAAUGUUGAAGGAUGAAGUUCGGACGCUGACUUACCGAAACUCAAUGUUUCACAACAGACACUUGUUCAAGGACAAAGUUGUUUUGGAUGUAGGAAGUGGGACAGGAAUCCUCUGCAUGUUUGCAGCUAAGGCUGGGGCAAAAAAAGUAAUUGGGAUUGAGUGCUCAAGUAUUUCAGACUACGCCAUCAAAAUUGUGAAGGCAAACAAACUAGAUCACGUUGUAACAAUCAUCAAAGGCAAGGUAGAGGAGGUGGAACUGCCUGUUGAAAAAGUUGACAUAAUAAUCAGUGAAUGGAUGGGAUAUUGUCUGUUCUAUGAAUCAAUGCUCAACACUGUUAUUUAUGCACGGGACAAAUGGCUGACACCUGAUGGGCUUAUAUUUCCUGAUCGUGCAACACUUUAUGUGACUGCUAUAGAAGAUAGGCAGUACAAAGACUACAAGAUUCACUGGUGGGAGAAUGUCUAUGGAUUUGACAUGUCGUGUAUCAAGGAUGUAGCCAUCAAAGAACCUCUUGUCGAUGUGGUUGAUCCCAAACAACUAGUCACAAACUCCUGUCUCAUCAAGGAAGUGGAUAUUUACACCGUUAAGGUUGAUGACCUGAGCUUCACUUCUCCAUUCUGCCUCCAAGUAAAGCGAAAUGAUUACAUCCAUGCCCUGGUGGCUUAUUUCAACAUAGAGUUCACACGCUGCCAUAAGAGAACAGGCUUCUCUACAAGUCCAGAGUCUCCGUAUACUCACUGGAAACAGACAGUCUUUUACAUGGAAGAUUAUUUGACUGUAAAAACUGGGGAGGAGAUUUUUGGAACAAUAAGCAUGAAGCCGAAUGCCAAGAAUAAUCGUGACCUGGACUUUACCAUCGACAUUGACUUCAAAGGCCAGCUCUGUGAGCUUUCAUGUUCUACAGACUACAGGAUGCGCUGA